UGUAUCUUUGUAUUGACACAUAAAUGAAAGGGCAUAUUUGUGUAAUAUUAGCCUCAAAGGUAUUGGUUGAAAUAAGCUUAUGCGCGGGCGAACAUUGUCAUUGCUAGUUCCACAUUCGAGGUCAAUGUCUGUCCGACUACGUAUUUUAAGACUAGUAACAAAAUCCUCGUCCAAAUAUUGAUCAAGGUGAACAGCCAGUCGAAGGAUGUCAAGUAUAUAAUCGUUUUAGACAUGAUCUUUACUCCGCAUUUUCUCAGAGUAUCAUCCAUAUCAGACCGGUAGUCUCAUAAGCUGAAUGCAUGGAACAUUUAAAUAAACAUACCUUUGCAAUGGCAUGCAUGGAUAACUUCAGGUUUAGCGUUCACGAUGGCUCGAUUUGGUUUUUUAGUUCUGUUUGGCCUUACAUGUGUGCUGCUUUCAAGUCAAGGAGCUGUGUUUCCACCAUCUAAUGGAAGCGACUUGGUUUUCCUACCCGGGUCUACUGCGAGAAUAAACUGGACAUUUGAUGAUGAUAUAUCAACUGUUCGUUUUCGAGAUUGGAGUUUCACAAGCACUGAUGGUUCCUUUAAGGGGCUAGCGCUUGCUAGUAUUAGUCGUGAUGGUGGCAUUAUUAUUGAGACCGCCCUUCUUGAGGUUGCAGUAGAAAAACCAGCAACAUUAGUUUUGAAGAACGUUAAUAACAGUUAUGAUGGAAAAUACAAGUUUCUACUUUUUGCGACUUCAUCCCUCGCUUCUGAAGUUGUCGUUAUUAUUGUAGUGACUCCAAAUAUCACAUUCAGUUGUUCUAAUCCAAGCACAGUAAACGAAGGUGCUAACUUCACAUGUUUAUGUAAAGCAGAACAUGGAGGGCCGACUGAUGAUGUUACUUGGUAUGAUAAAAAUGACGUCAAGAUUGGUGAGACAGGAAAAGGAGAAAAAUUAUUGACUUUAAUCAAUGUUAAUGCAACACACAGCGGAAUUUACACGUGCAAGGCCCAAAGGCAAAGCCACAUAAAUGCAACGGAUGAAAAAUCAAUUGAAGUAAAAGUAAGACUUAAUUAUAAACCUCGGGAUACAAACAUCACAUUCACACCAAAAGAAGCUGCGGUCGGUCGAUCAGUCACCAUUACGUGUGAAUCAGAUGGUCUUCCUGAACCCAGUUAUGCCAUAUUCCAUAAUGGUUCCCAUAUCGAUAACAGAAGGACGCAUGUUAUAGAAAAUGUCAGCUACACUCACAAAGGAACAUAUAAAUGUGUUGCAACAAAUAAACUUGGAAGCGAUUCAGCCUUUGCCAAUUUAACUGUUGUUGGAGCACAACUAACAACGCAGCAAAUGAAAUCAUCAUACAGUAAACCAAUAGCAUCGAGCACAAGUAUGGAGACGAUCAGAAUUGUGGUUUCGACUACCUGUUCACUUACCUGUAAGCCACCUACAACUACCUCUGCAUCUCCGACAAGAAAUAAAAGAGGAAACAAUUCAGAAAAAUGUAGUAGUGGAACUGAAUGGUAUAUCGUUGUUGUAACUUUGGUGUCUGGGAUCCUCGUCGGAAUAAUUCUUUCCUACGUUGUCUUUCGUGUUCGUCGCAGAAGAGGAAAACCUCAGCAAUCAAAAACUAAAUCUCCAACAGCUCAAGUUGAUUCAACUUAUCAAGAGCUGGAUCUUAAGAAAAUGAACCGAGAAGAUAAUUAUCAAUCAUUGAAAGGGAAUGCUGCAAGAAAUGACGCUGCGAGUAACGAUGAGUCAAAUUAUGCAGAGUUGAACAAAACCAGAGAUGUUGAAAACAACUAUCAAUCUUUAACUUGAAGUCGACUUGUUGAUGUCGGAUUUUUUGUGCCCUUUGCGAGGGACCGGGAUCCAAAGCACAGCUGACUCCAAAUAUCACAUUCAGUUGUUCCAAUCCAAGCACAGUAAACGAAGCCAAUAAUUUCACAUGUUUAUGUAAAGCAGAACGUGGAAGGCCGACUGCUGAUGUUACCUGGUAUGAUAAGAAUGACGUCAAGAUUAGUGAGACAGGAAAAGGAGAACAAUUAUUGCGUCUAACAUAAAUAUGUCAAUGCAGAACACAGCGGAACUUACACAUGCAAAGCUCAAAGCUGCAUAAAUGCAACGGAUGAAAAAUCAAUCGAAGUAAAAGUAAGACCUUAUGGUAAGAAUAUAUCAUGCAAUACGAUCUCGUUUUCUGCAGAAACCAAGUGGGUGUAUAUGCCUGGGUUUUUUUGGGACAGGUCGCAUGUAUCUGAAAAUAUUAAGUGAAGCAAAUGCUCUCGAACUAUACAUUAAAAAAUUCCUCAGUAUAUGGCUUUUGAAUUGUAGCUUUUUAAAUAUAAACAUCAACAUUCAACUCAAUUACAUAUAUUGUCAAGUGUUUUGUACCCGUCAAUUUUCACA